AUGUCUGGUCGCGGGAAAGGUGGCAAAGGGCUGGGAAAAGGAGGCGCCAAGCGCCACCGGAAGGUCCUCCGGGACAACAUCCAAGGCAUUACAAAGCCCGCCAUCCGCCGGCUCGCCCGCCGAGGUGGUGUCAAGCGCAUUUCUGGGCUCAUCUAUGAGGAGACCCGGGGAGUGCUGAAAGUCUUUCUGGAGAACGUGAUCCGCGAUGCGGUGACGUACACGGAGCACGCCAAGCGCAAGACGGUCACCGCCAUGGACGUGGUGUACGCGCUGAAACGCCAGGGCCGCACCUUGUACGGCUUCGGCGGCUGAGCAGUCUGCGGCUUCUCUUCAAAUCUCUAAAAGGCCCUUUUAAGGGCCCUCAGAACGUCAGGAAAAGAGCCAACACUUUCUACUUAACUGUGUGAAUGUGGGACCUAGGUGUGUCAGAUGAAGCCCUACCUUGUGCCGUGGAAGUUCCUACCCUGGCGGGUGGCUCCGGGCUGCAGACGGCGGGCUUAGGGCUUAGGAGGGGGA